CAAUAACUAUGCUAGCUAACUACACCUGGCUAACUACAACUUACUUAACUUAGCUAACUAAACUAGAAAGACAAACCAACAAUCAGACACAAAGAGACACACCUACUGUAAGUUCUUAGUAAUUACAUGAUAAUUUGGUUACAGUAGCUAGCUCACAACCAUGUUUAUCAGUUUGAUGCUCUGACUUAACGAGGCGUGAUGGCGUGACAGUUUUUUAACGAGGCAUGACGGUGCGCCUGCGCAAACUUGGAGAAUUAUGUUUGACUUAUGGAAUUACUAUAGUCAUACGUCACUACCCCAUUUUAACAACUAAGCAACUUUUGCAACUUUGAGCACAAAAGUAAGCUAUUUGUCAAAAAAUAUUUGGCGAACUAUGUGGAUAAUCAACAUUGUAAGGAAGUGACUCAGAAAAAUAUAAAAUAUCAUAGAAAUGUCAAAAUACACUGGAGGGGGGCUUUAAUGGAAGGGGGCAGAAGCUAAAAUGGAAUGUUCACAGAGAGGGUGAAAAGAGGUGCUGAAGCAGUGAACAUUUUGAGAAAAAUAAUGUUUGUCAGACAACACAGAGAAGUACAGACCAUAUCAACUCGACAGCAGCUACAGCCCACAAACACACACAUUAAAGCAAUGAGACAACCUGCAUACACUGCUCCGCAUAGCGAGCACACCACACACACACAUAAAACUACGUUGCUAGGCAACACUGUGGUUGUUGAUGUUCUCCUCUGGAGAGAGGGUUACAUCUAUCAUUGAGUUUGUUAUUGUACUCCUCAAUCUGCUCUGGUAGCAACUUCUCUGCUUGUUAAGUUUAUUCACACUAUACAUAACACGACCAGUCCAACCUCUCUUCUCCCACUGAGCUUUACAGCGAAAACUUUUGAGCUGAACGAGCGCUCACCAGUGACCACUUUGUCAGAGAUUUAUCAAAAACAGCAGAAAGACCUCAGACACCUCACUGAAUGUAGAAUUUCCUCAGAAAAUGUAGAAGUCACAGCUAGAGAAUCCAGCAUGAGCAGGUUCAGUAGAUCCAGCAUGCACCCAUGAGUCAUAAUAGUAAUUUUGUUACAGUGAGGAGAGUAAAUAUAAUUUGUUACUACAUCUUAAUUAGUGGAGCCUAGUUUUGUUAAUAAACGGAUGUCAGUGAGAACAAAGAUAAUAAUGGCUUUCAUUGUUUUGUUCUGGUAAAGAAGAAAGUACUCCCUAAAUUCAGGACAAAUAUUAUAAUAUUAUUAUAUUAUAUUAUUUAUAUUAUUUCUUCAUAAGACUAGACUGAACUUAAUUACACACUGCAGUUAGCUAAAGAAAUUAUUCCGUACUGAGCACAUAAAACCAGAUUUGUUUUAAGCCGUCAACCUUUUCUUGUUGGAUUAGGUGGACACAGUUGAUUACUCAUUUAAAGGUGGAUAUGCGAUUCUAAACCAAUACACGUCUUUAUGUCAAAUUCAGUGACUAUCUCCUCACAUUCUGCUGGCUGUCCUUUCUGUGUGUGAGCUGAAAAAAACCUGGUGUUUGUACACAGCCCUGGCUCAACACUAUUCCAGCCAUGAUUUGUCCGUCAGGUAACAUUAAAUGACUUGCCUACGGACUUUCAGAUUAGUUUCUGGUUUUCCAAGACAUGCUGUUGUUAGGUAUGGUAGCAGGAGAGUUGUGAGUAUCGCUCUCUGUAGCUGGUGUGCUGGCUCUGUGAAACCGCCUCAUCCUCUCUGCAUGUUAGCUUCUCAGCUGCAACUGUAGCAACCCACAACCUAGCUGUCAUACUUGCUGUGUCGUUGUUCUGUAUCAUGGUAUUUGCAAUGGAACUGGAUUUUUCCAGAAUCGCUUACCCUACCUUCACUGUGACUAAAGUAAUGUAAAAUUUACCUUAAUAUUAUAGAUAUGUUUGCUUUUAAGUGACCUGAACAGCCAAAUCUCGCCAACUUAGUGCAACAUUGACACUGAAACCAGUAAACCUACAUUUAGCUCAGCCUGGGUCCUUCCACCAUCAUCUCCAAGCACCAUUCAAAUGUCCAAGUGUUUAAAGCAUAGAGAGUUUGGAGCGUUUUCAGCAAAUCAUUUCACAGAAGAAACUGAUUUACUUUUAAGGUCUUCUCUUUCACACAAAUCGGUAAAAACAAAAGCAGCAUUAGAUGAAAUCAACUCCCCCCUAAUGAAAACCAGCUGAUAUCCGAAGCAACGUCUCACAUAUCAGUAGACAGCCUAAAGCUGUUACAAGCAACACAGGCAGUCCUGAGAACCAACAGGUCAUUUUAUAGUUCAGGUUCUUUGUAUGAUCCGGAGAAGGAAAAGUUGUUUAGAAACUGCAGAAAUGAAUGGAUGGGUAUAGGAUUCCUGCUUUUAUUAUGUAAGCAGAAAAAGAACACUCUUAAUUGACAGAAAUGUUGUGGUUUUAAAUGACCCUUCAUGUCUAACAUAAUCGAUCUCACCUUAAUUGCAACCAAUUUUUCACCUUUUUAAAACAGCCCAGUACUCCACGUGUCUGCUUUCUCAUCUUUAACUCAUCAAGCCUUUAUUACACAAUAUAAAUCUAUAUUUGAAUAUAGAUUUUAAAUGUGUAAUGAAGGCAUGUUUUUUUGCAACUCAUACAUUUUAUUGGAUUUUUCAGUGGUAAAAUGCAUCAUGUUGUUGGUAUAACCCAUCUAUAUGUUGUGAAUAUGUGUUAUUAAAGCCAGAAUCAAAAUGGUUCCUGCAAUUUCAUCCUGAAACUAUAAAGCCGUACAGUUUUUCAAGAAGUGGAAUGGAAAUGGCAGCGUGAAAUUAUCCGUUUGUUGCAUGAUUUCAGCGAGGCCGUCUGUGCCUAAAUGCUGGGUGGAGGGAGGGGAGCUGAUCGGAGAGGCUGUGUCUCUGCACUGCAAGUCUGCAAAAGGUUCCCCUCCCUUAAAAUACACAUGGAGGAGAGAAAGUGCAGGCCCCAUCCCUGCUGCAGCCACACAGAUCAGUGUGACUGGGGAGGUGAAAAUCAGCAACCACUCGAAGAGCCUUGCAGGAUUCUAUCUUUGUGAGGUGAACAACGCUGUUGGAGCCGAACACUGCAGGAUCAACCUGAAAGCAAACAAACCUCCAAACAGAGCAGCAGUGAUAGGCGGCACCAUUGUGGGUUCUUUGCUCCUCAUCUUCAUCCUGCUGGUCUUCAUAGUGCUUCUGUACUGGAAACUGAGCCACAUACAUCGCUGUGGGAAAGAUUUCUCCAAUGAGAUCAGGGAGGACGCGCUGCCUCCUGACAGCCACCUGGUCUGUCGCUAUACGAGCCGGAGCACCAGUCAGCACCCACAGGAUACUUACUAUCAGGUGGGCGGAACAGAAGUGAGCUCUUUCUAUGAAGGAUGCAAUCACACUCCCUCCAGCAACAGCCACGGACCCACACCGGUCAAAUACACAGCAGUUGAAUAUGACAGCAAGUUCGGAUACGCAGUCUGACGAUCAACAACAACAGAGCUGAACUGAGAUGCCUUUAGAUCUUAUUGUAAUGUUUGAAUAGAAGCUUCAAGACACUUGGGACACUGAAUAUUUGGGGCAGCAGGAGUCUGGCACAGAGUCUAUUCAAAGCUGUGCAGUGUGAUGAUUUUAUAACAUUGUUCAUGUUAAUUGCUUUAGAGGUU